AUUGAAUUCGUUUUGUUUAUAACAAAACUCCUAAAGUGUGUGUUAAUAAAACAACUUACAUUAAACUUUCCGAUUUAACUGUGCGACUAACCUGAUUUAAGUUACUAACAAGCUUAAAACUCUUAAUGAAUAUCAAGUUAUAUGCUGGCUGAAGUUGCAGAUCGCCCGGUCUUCUUCAUCACCGUAUGGAAGAGUUAGGCACGGAAUUCAAGAAAAUAUAGCUCCAACAAUGGCUGAUAAGAAGAAGGAUGGUGAGCCUGAAGGAGAAGAAGAAUUCUCAGUUGAGAAGGUAUUAGACAGGCGCGUAAGAAAUGGGAAGGUUGAAUAUUAUUUAAAAUGGAAGGGCUACAGUGAUGAAGACAACACUUGGGAACCAGAGGAGAAUCUUGACUGUCCAGACCUCAUUCAAGCUUUUGAAGAGGCUAGAAAAAAGAAAGAAGCAGAGGGAAAAACAGUAAAAGUUGACAAGGAUGCCAAGAAACGUAAAUCUGCUGUAGCAACACCAGACCUGAAAGGUGCUAAGAAAGCAAAAACAGAUGAUAAAAAGGCCUCAGGGUUUGACCGUGGUCUGGAACCUGAAAAGAUUAUUGGUGCAACAGACAGUAGUGGCGAGUUAAUGUUUUUAAUGAAAUGGCAAGGUACAGACGAGGCAGACUUAGUACCAGCAAAGCAGGCUAACGUAAGGUGCCCACAGGUUGUGAUCCAGUUCUAUGAAGAGAGGUUAACAUGGCACACACCAGCACCCGAUGAAGCUGGCGCUGAGGAUUAAAAAAGAAAAAUAUCAGUCUACCACAAAUGGUUUUGAAAUAAAUGAUUAACUGAAUAAGUUUUAAUCGUAAGCAAAAACAGUUUUAAACAAUAGCAUUUUUUUAGACUUGUUUCAAUUAAAAUAAUUUCUGAUAAAAUUUUAGUAUAGCGACGUAGAAUAAAUUUAUAUUUGUGGAUAAUGGAAUAGGUAGUUCUCUGUACUGUUAUGUAUAAACGAUUAUACUAUGUAUUUCUACAUAAAUAUUUCAGUCAUAAGAUAACCCUUGUUGUACCUAUUAUCUGUAGCUGUUUCUGUUUUAAAUUUAAGUUUUGGCCUAUAAACGUUGAUUCCUUUUAUAUAAAUAAACAGCUGGAAUAAACAACAACUGUUAUGUGAUUGACACGAUUAAUUUGACAAACUAUUAUAUUUUUAGUAGUUACUUAAUAUUUUCACUUCUCUAAAAGUUAUGGCCUACCCUUUUGGUUUCGGCGAUUAACUUAUUUGACUGUUAUUAUAAAUGUUACGAAGAAUGUCUUAACACUAAACCAUUAUUGGUUAAUAUUUUUCUUUAUCAUUUAGAAAAAAUGACUUUCCAUUUAGCUAUAAUAUUGUAAUCCUGGUAAAGUAUUUUGCCAAGUUUAUUUUUGUUUAAUGUAAGUUAGAGUAAGUGGCAAUAUUUUUAGUGCUUAUAUAUAUAUGUUUUAAGAAUUAAAAUCGGCAUUGUAAUAAUGUUUGAUCAUA